GCGUGGGUGUGAUCUGACCUUUACAUUUCUUUGAGUAUAUCUUGAAAAGGUUAUGUUUAUAGUGUAGUUGUUUUGUUUUUUACUUUUUUUAGUUAUCACUAAUGAUAAUUAAUUGCAGAAAUGGGUUGUGGGUUAAGUAGUGAAGAAUCUUAUAAUAUUCCACCUUUACCAAAUGAUUCUUCUUUGGAACAAUGGCUUGCUUGGAAAGAAAAUCUUCAAAUUAUUAUUGCUGAUAAAUUAAAUACGGAAUUGCCAAAUCGUUUAGGACUCAAACUCCAAGAGUCCAUUGGUUAUUAUGGUCAGGAGAUUAUUAACAAUUUCAGUAUUGAUAAUAACGAAAAGCACAAUUAUUAUGUUCUCUUAAGAAAAUUGGAUUUAUUUUUUCACUUGAAUUGUAUUAAGAGAAAUCAAGAAGAAAAAAUAAAAGACUACGUUCAAAGAUUAAUGGACUUUGCAAUACAAAUGGGCAGUCAACGUCCAGCACAAGCAGUUAAAGAACAUUUAAUUUAUGAUUUAAAAAAUAUUAAAUUUCUGCAAAUGAUCAUUCGACACGUUUCUAUGAGAAAUGAUAUAAAAGAUAUGAAAUGUUUAAAUAUUGAAGAAGUAACAUUUUUAAUAGACGUAUACGAUAAUAGAGAAACGAUAGAAGCAAAGAAAAAUUAUUUAAAAGAAAAAUUAAGCAACAGUGUUUCACAGUAUAAUCAAAAUUGUUGUGGACUACAGCAUAAUCGAAUUCAAGAUUGUGUUGCUGUAGGGAAAAGAUGUUUUAUUUGCAACGAUUUAAAUCAUUUUGCAAGAGUAUGCAAUAAACGUUACAUCAUGGAUUGUAGCUAUUGUGGAAUAAGUCAUCUUGAAAAAAACUGCGAUGCCUUUCGUCUUAAAUGCUCUAGGUGCAAUAAAAAUAAUCAUUUUCAUUGGAAAUGUCUUCAAACAAUUCGCUCACAAACUGAAAGACCUCGUCGUAUAGUAAUAAUAAGAAAGUAAAAUAAUGCCAUUUCAAACUAAAAAUAUAUUAUGUAUAUUUCUUUUUACAUAAACUUAAAAUACUGAAUUAUAAGACUUAUUAACAAAUUCAAUUUGUUACAUCAAAUAAAUUUAUUGAUUAACGAUCAAUGUUGUCCUACAGAUAAAAAAAAAUGUUUUGUAUUUUUUUACGAUUUGUACUUGAAAAUAUUUUUUGAUAUAAAUAUUUUCUUUAAUAUAAAUACAUGUGUUAUUAUAGUUGUUUUGUAUUUUUCUACAAAUUUGUAUAGUUAAUCUUUAAUAAAAUAUUCAAUUUGUAAUAAAAAAUAA